UGGUCCGCCAUAUUUGCAUUCGGUGUAUGAUUCAUCGCCCCCUAGAUUUUUUACUCCUAGGAGCCUGACAUAAGCUGGGAUAUUGAUAGUCUACAAAUCCACAACUUACAACAAACAUCGGAUCGGAAAGACUGAUCUGAAAAUGUCGGUUUUCCAGCGAGCUAUUAUUCGUUGACAAUACACGAAGGACAAUUUUAAUUGGAAAUAACAACCGCUGACCAAAUCGUGUUCGUUGUUUUGCCCUGACUUCAUGUUUUGCCGUGACCAAAUUUCUUUUGCCAUAAAUCAGUUUGUGUUGCCGUCAUAUAUCCUUGUCUUCCUGUGAGUCAUUUUCUUUUAACCAGGUACUAAGUUUGUUUUGCCGUGCCGUUUUGUUUUGCAGUGAAAAAUUGCGGGCUACCGUAGGUUGCGUGACAGUAUCACGCUCAGGCUGCAAAUUUGAAAAUGCAGCGUCACCGGGGUCGAAUAUCAAAAUAAAUCUAUUUCGGAAGGCAAUCAUUUGACAGAAUGCGAAGUUCUUAAAUCAAACGUCUCUGGGUUUUUUCCAAACUUCUGAACUAAAACGUACACAAGUUUUAUAGUACAACUCUUCGAGAAGAGAGAAAGAACUUCCGCAGUCAAGUUGAGGCAAAAUCGAAUCCAUCAUGGACAUUUACGUGGACUACAGCUGCGAAGACAACAACGAAACAGGUAGAACCAAGCUUACUGUUGCUGACUUUGAUACCACAAACAUCAGAGAUAUAAAGUACGCUAUUCAGGCCGCCAUUCAAGCACCAGUUUGCGAUCAACAACUGUUUUAUCAGGGACAACCGGUAACAGACGAUGACAUGACUCUCAGCAGAUUGUAUUUCCGGGAGGGUGACUGUUUCAAUGUGCAAUUUCUUGCUGCAGCGAACAUUACACGAAUGAGUGAGCUAGUGGAUGAGCUGAAGAACUUCGCUCAAGAAAUUGUAGAAAAGCUCAACAGACAGCUUCCUGUCAUAAACACAAAAGAGGAGCUCGACAGCCUGAGAAGACUUCAUGACUUCUUCUUUGUCCGACAAAAAAAUGUUUGUCUUGCAAUACAGGAACUUAACGAAUAUUUUUUCUACCAAUGGAAAUGUUUAAGAACCGUUGCUCAAAGACACUUUUUCGUUCAAGAGGGAGGAUUUGAAGCCCUCUUGGAGGUGUUUAAAUUCUCACGCCAAAUGUACCGUGCAUAUGGUUUCAGCGUGUAAGUACCACAGCGUUAUUUUGCCGGGUGUAUGACAUAUGCAGACUUCAGACGUUUUAAUUAACAUCGUAUUCCCAAUACUUAGCGCUAAUUGUAGACCGGGUUACCUGCGCAUUAUUCAGGCCCUCCGAUCCUGAACGAUAUUAGACUAACUGGAGCGCUGUUUAGACCUCAAUGUAGUCUGUAGACUCUGUAAUCUGCAAUCUAGUGUUAUACACCGGUUACUUUAUGAUCUUUGCAAAUGAUGCUGAGCUAUGCUGCAAUUGAGACUAGCACCGUGGGGG